AUGAAUUUUCACCAUUGUAAUAAUGAAGUAUUACAGUCGACAUGUACUACUACUACUAACAAAACUACUACUCAUAAUGAUGGUAUAGAUGAAAUGUAUUUCGAUGAAACUGAAAGUCUAAUUAAUCAUGCCAGAUGUUCACCAAUGAAUGUUAGUGUAGAUACAGUUACGACACCAUCAGCAUCACCGACACGACCAUUCACCACCACGAUGACAACUACAACAACCGACCAUAAUGACGAUGAUGAAUGUGACAGGAAUGACAAUGAAACUAAUUCACAUACAACUAUUGAUGAAGAUUUAAUGAAUAGUAGUUAUACAGCUUCAUUAAGUACAGAAAAUAAUGAUCACAUGAUUGAUAUCAAUACUACUACUACUCAUAAUAAUAAUAACAGUAGUAUUAAAAAAUUACCAACAAAUUCAUUGAGUCCAUUAAAAAAAUCUGAAAAACAAGUGACAUUUCAAGAUAUCGUCGAGAUUUCCACCAUAUACUCCAUUAUAAAUGAAUCACAAGAAUCAAUUUCACAUCAUUAUGAAGAAGACAACAAUGAUGAUGUAGGAAUAAACUUGACAAUCAACGACAAUAUUCAUGAGAAAAAUCGAUUCAAUGAGGUAAUCGAUAAUCGAAUCGGAUUAGUCGUGGUUGAAUCGAAAUCACAACAACAGAAUAAGGCAAAAACUUAUUCAUACGGUCAUAAUCAUAUUGUCUCAGAAAAAGAUUUAUUAACUGUAAGUUAUGAUAGAAUAAUCAAAUAA